UCUCAGAUAUAACCGGCUUUUAUCCGAUCUUGUCUUUCGAGAAGAGUGGGAGGACGUCAAACUGAAACAGUCUUCCAGUGACUUUGGGAAUGUCUUAGAGUCAAUUGCCACGAUGAUACGAUUGUGUAGUUUCACGUUGACAGUUUUAGUGAUACUAGACGGAACUCGUGGACUUGGUACCGUUGACAAGAAUGAAACCAAUCUGGAUGGGAAUUUGCUUGAAAAUUUCUCUUUCUUGGACAAUGUUCGACAACUAGUACAUGCAAAGCUUGCAGCUAUAAAUGAAAGUAAUGAAGGCCCAAAGUCAAUGGGCCUGCAUCGCCAGGCAAGGCAAUUCUGCAAUUGUCCCUCUGGGCCUCCAGGUAGGCCUGGCAUAAACGGUAAUCCUGGACUCCCUGGACCCGACGGUGCUCAUGGAUCUCCUGGUUACUACGGACCAAUGGGACCCCAGGGCCCACCAGGAACACCAGGAACAAAUGGUGGCACUGGAAGAGACGGAGUUGUAGGAUCAAUGGGACCAGCUGGAAUUACAGGGCCAUCAGGAGGUGACGGGGCUCCAGGAGGGACUGGAGCGCCUGGAACCCCUGGAACUCCAGGUCCUCUAGGCGUGAGUGGAUCAACUGGAUUGUCAGGCUCUGUCGGAUCACCAGGCAACGCAGGGCUAAUAGGAUUAGCCGGAAAACCAGGACAACAAGGUAGUCCAGGUCCAAUUGGCGCCUCUGGUUUGCGCGGUUCAUUGGGAGCUUAUGGAUCUCCAGGAAGUCUGGGACCUAGCGGUGUGCCUGGCCAGCUUGGUGCACCUGGGCCCAACGGCGCACCCGGCCUAAAUGGAAAAGAUGGAGCACCUGGCCCUCAGGGUUCCCAUGGCUUAAUGGGGCAGCCUGGUGAAUCAGGUAGUGAUGGAAAGGAUGGUCAGGAUGGCAAAUUUGGCCCACAAGGCUUAGCAGGCAUUCGUGGUAUCAUUGGCAAUGCUGGAGUGACUGGCAAUCCUGGGGCAGUAGGGGCCUCUGGAACGAACGGCUCACCCGGAAGUCCUGGAUCAAACGGGCUGCCUGGUCGGGAGGGACCAAUGGGAAUAGAAGGAAUGGCCGGAAACAGUGGUGCAAAUGGGCAACAGGGACCAUCGGGACUCCCUGGACAAAUGGGGGUUAGUGGUUUGAAUGGACGCAAUGGAAUUGAUGGACAAAACGGAUUGCAAGGACCACCUGGUCCUGUUGGAGAUCAAGGAUCUACAGGGAUACGCGGAUCUGAUGGAUUACAAGGAGACCCUGGACAAGCGGGGCCUCAGGGCCCACCCGGCGCUCAUGGAUUGCCAGGAGUCCCAGGUGGUUCAGGUACUGAUGGAGGCGGUGAUGGUGAAACCAUCUCUGGUGACUGCAACGGCGAGAAUAAUUGUAAUUCAGGAAGUGUAGAUGACGUUAUCCUCAGAAGUCGUCUCAGAAGUGGUAGUGGGCCGUCUAUUGACGACUACCCUCUUGAACCGUCUUUUGAGAUGGAUGCUUCAAUAAAUGAUCAUCAGAGCAUUAACUUGGGAGACGUAGGACAUGUUGUGAAAAUGAAUCCGCUGGAUGCGGAUGAUUUCCAGGAAAUAGCGGAAUCAGCCACUCUGAAAGGCGCAUGGAAGGAUGAGCCUCUUGACGCCAAAGAGCCGCUGCCAGAACUGAACCUGGCAAGUAACACUCCACAACCCAAGACAUUUACUCAACCACAAAAGCCGGAAACUGAAACGCUCAGUCCCUGAGUGUUUGACACGAAAACCAGUUCUUUAGAUAUUGAAAAUAUUACUCUUGAAAACGACACGGACAAACCCACCUCAACAGAGCAAAGUAACAUCCAACUCCCAACUGUUGGUGAAGAAAUGAGAUCAAAAGAGGCAUGAAACUAGAAAAAAACUUGUACUUUUGACAUUUGUUAUAUUUUUAGAAAAAUCUUUCCACCGAAAUUCCCAAAUAGGGGUUUAUGCAAAUACUGUGUCUUGCAAUCAAAAUAAGUAACUGUCAGAGCCAAAACGAAAUAAAAGAAGUUUGCUUGAGCCGGGAAUAAAUGAUUCAA